CCUGGUGUUUCCCAUUAUACUGAUAUAAGAAAACAUGAAAUUCUCGCUGUUCUGUUUGGUGAUUGUGGACAUUUUGGUGACAGUUCAUUCUCUGGGAGAGUCUUGCACAUCCUCCACGGACUGUGGAGACACGGAAUGUUGUGUUGCUGAAGACAGGCGCAUGCGCCGUUUCAUUUUCGGGGCAUCGAAAGGUACUUGUCAUGCACGCCGUUACCAAGGACAGACUUGCCAUGUGUUUCUAGUCCACGACUUUGGUAAUCCAAAUAUGUUCAUGAACUAUUGCCCAUGUAAAGAGGGUUUGGCAUGCCGAGGGGAGACAGUGGAAGUCCACGGUAGUCAGCACGUGCAUCACAAUCCGAAAUGUAUACCCUCAGCGGAAGUCUCAACUACGCAGGGUCCGGAUCCGACUUCUCCCCAGUUUACAGUUAUUGGUUGAUUUUUGAUGUUACGAGUACUAGGUUAA